CCAGUGUUGGUCGCAUGUAGUCGCGAGUUCAUUCCAUUUGUGUGCACAGGUCCACUCUUACCCUAUAUGCCAUGGCGGGCUCCGCACAAACCAUCGUGCACGGGACUUGGUUUACGACGGGAUACAGGGAUAGCACGUCCACGGGAAUGUCCGAGGAGAAGCCGAAGAAGAAGACGUUUUACCUGGUCAGGAUGAAGUCGCUCAACAACAGCAAACAGCCCACGCACAACAACAACAUGCCCUUCAUGAUCCACUGCCACAUAGGCAAAGAGAUUAAGCACAUAUGCAGCAACUGCAGCCGCGGCAACGAAGCGCAGGACGCUGAGGAAGUUGAAAGGCUGGCUGCAAUGCGUUCAGAGUCUCUCGUACCCGGAACCCACACCCCCCCCAUCCGGAGGAGGAGCAAAUUUGCCACCUUGGGGCGCCUCUUCAAGCCCUGGAAGUGGAGGAAGAAGAAGAGUGAGAAGUUCAAGCAGACCUCCGCAGCUCUGGAGCGGAAGAUCUCCAUGAGGCAGAGCCGAGAGGAGCUGAUCAAACGGGGCGUGCUCAAGGAGAUCUUUGAGAAAGACGGGACGGUCCCUGUAACAAAAGAAGACGGGAAGUUAGAAAACGGGCGGUCGCCGGUGUCCAUUUCCGGCACGUUAGAGUGCGACGCAGCCGACCGCGCCUAUCAGGCGGCGCUCCCCGGCCCCGAACUCAUGGACGGGACCGGGACAGGGACAGCUUCAGUGGAGUUCCAGACGUCCAUCGAGGGCGGGGUCUGUCCGCAGGACCACUCCAUGAAGCCCCCCUUGGUCCUGCCCCCCAAGAAAUCGGUGGCCUUCGCUGGCGACGGUCAGGACACGCCCAUGAAACAGGCCCCAUUCCACAAGCAGCCCCCCGCGCUUCCCCCAAAACCCUUCUCCAGGAUCCCCAAUCACAUCGCCGACUCAGGACAGCCCAUCAAGCUGCCCUGCAUGCCGGGGAAGCUGUCCCCUCCUCUACCUCCCAAGAAGGUGAUGAUCUGUGUGCCUCCCGGGGGCCUGGAGUCCUCCCUGUCCACCUUCUCCCAGAAGUGCCCGCCGCAGCCCCUGGGCCCGCACCACGGCAGCCUGCUGCCCUCCCACCCCCACCCGCACCAGCUGCAGUACGGCUCCCUGCCCAUCCCUAUCCAUCCACCCAGCCGCGUCAUCGAGGAGCUCAACAAGACCCUGGCCCUCACCAUGCAGCGGCUGGAGAGCUCAGUGCUGCAUGCAGUCCCCACCGUGGUGAUCGAGUGUGAUGACGACAAAGAGAACAUGCCCAACGAGUCCGACUACGAGGACCUUCCCAGCAUGUACAAGGACGAAGAGGAGGAGGAGGACGAGGAAGAGGAGGAAGAGGAAGAGGAUGAUGACGACUCACUAUUCACGAGCACGCUGGCGCUGAAGGUCUUGAGGAAGGACUCCCUGGCCAUCAAGCUGAGCAACAGGCCAACGAAGCGCGAGCUAGAGGAGAAGAACAUCAUCCCCAUGCAGACGGACGAGGAGCGGCUGGAGUCCAGGCAGCAGAUCGGCACCAAGCUCACGCGGAGGUUGAGCCAGCGGCCCACCGCCGAGGAGCUGGAGCAGAGGAACAUCCUCAAACCGAGGAACGAGCAGGAGGAGCAGGAGGAGAAGAGAGAGAUCAAAAGGAGGCUGACCCGAAAGCUGAGCCAGAGGCCCACGGUGGAGGAGCUGCGGGAGGCCAAGAUCCUGAUCCGCUUCAGCGACUAUGUGGAGGUGGCCGACGCCCAGGACUACGACCGGCGGGCCGACAAGCCCUGGACUCGCCUCACGGCGGCCGACAAGGCAGCCAUACGGAAGGAGCUCAACGAGUUUAAAAGCACUGAGAUGGAGGUACAUGAGUCGAGUCGUCAUCUAACCAGGUUUCACAGACCAUAGAACUCUACUGUAAUAUGAGCCUGCCACAUGGCCUGCCCCCCCCCCCCCCCCCCCCCAAACAC